AUUAUCGCUAAUUUAAAUUUAAAAAAUUGAUUUGAAAAUUUAUUUCUUGAUUAUACAAUUUAUACACACUAUGGAUUAAAAUAAGCCAUACAUUUAAUUAAAUAUAUGGUUGAAAAUAUAGUUGAAAAUGUAAAUGAGCCAGAACUCGCACUUUCUAUCUACUUGCAUUUUCAUUAUUUAACUUUAUCUGUUUCUGCAUGCUCUAAAAACUUUUUUUUUUUUCUCACAUUUCAAUUCUUUGGAACUCUCUCCCAUUCUUAUGUUUUCCUAACUCAUAACUCCUACAAAAUUAUAUUUUCUUUUUUCUACCACGUCAAAAUUGAAACUUAGCUGGGAUGAACCUUUGGAAAAAAAUGGUGUAAUUAUAGGGUAUGAAGUCUCUGUUGAAGAUACGUGCUCUAACUAGAGAAGGAAAAGGAUUAAAGGAUUAACAGCUUAUUUGAUAGGAACAACAAAUACUCUUGGUAAUAUAUAGAGGAAUUGACCGCUGUUUUACUGCGCAAGCUCUUCAUCCAACUAAAGUUUAUAGCUUUACAGGUUCAACUUGGAUGAGUGAGGGUAGAUGCGAAAGUUUACCCAGAACACGUCGAAUCAGCAUGCAAUAAAAAUCAAAAUGGCACAAAAUAAUACAUAUGCAAAGAAACAUGAAAACAUUCUUUAUAGCCAAGAGUUUAAGUUAAACUUUAGUAAAAGUGUUGGAGUAGAUUGGAAAAUUCUUGGACUUUGGUUAAAUAUUCAAGAAAACUGUAUUGACACAAUUGAUCAUGAUAAACCCAAUACCCUUGAAAAAGCAUAUAAAAUGCUAACUACGUGGAUGCAAAUGAAUGAUAAUCCAACACUUGAGGAGUUGAAAACAGCUUUAAGGAACAUGGAUAGAAUUGAUCUAAUAAGAAAAAUAGAUGAAUUAACAAAAACUUCAAGUUCACCAGAAAGUUCUACCAGAACUUCUUCUAAGAAAGAAACUUCGAGUUCACCAGAAAGUUCUACCAGAACCUCUUCUAAGAAAGAUAUAUCAGAGAUAUGCACAGCACUCAAAAGUUUAUAUCUUUCAAGUUAUGUGAAAAUAAAUGAAGUUCAAGUACCACUAAAAUCACCUGCAAAUGUCAAUUUAAUGCAUAAAUUCGUUGAUCUAUGUAUUGUUGAUGCAGUCAAUGCUCAAACAGAUGCUGUAUUAAGUGAACGAAAAAAAUUUCUUCAAAAGCAAUUGAGUUAUACACCAAUUCCAUAUAGUGAAAUAUUUAUGAAAGAUAAAUCUGUAACAAUAAUAUCUGGAAUAGCUGGUAUUGGGAAAACAUGGUUGCUUAGAAAAUGUUUGCUUGAUUGGUCAAAUGGUCUAAUUUGGAAAAAUGUUAAACUUGUGUUUUAUUUGGAAUGCAGAAGGCUUAAUCAAUAUCAAAAUAUUUCUAAUAUUCAUGAAUUACUAAAUGUUUUUUACAAAGAUAUUAUAAAUGAUUUUGAUAUUAGUACUCAUUCUACGCUGUUUAUAAUUGAUGGAUUAGAUGAGUUUAAAUAUCUAAAUGAGUUAAUAAAUUGCAGUUCGAGUUGUAACUAUCCAAUUGUUAAUGUUUUAACAGAAAUUCGAAAAUAUAAGUAUGUAGUUGCUGGCAGAGUUCAUGCAAUUGAUCAGUAUCAAAGUAUAUCUACAGAGGAUUGUGAAAAGAUAAACAUUCAAAUUAUGGGAUUUAAUGAAGGCGGAAUAAAUAACUAUAUAGAAAAUAAUGUUUUAGAGGAAAAAAAAGAUGUUGUGAAAGCAACUUUGAAGGAAUCUGCAUAUGCAAAAUCAAUGUCAUCUGUUCCAUUUUUUUUAUCUUUCAUGUGUAGGAUUAUUAGUAAUUCAAAAAGUUUAUACAAAAAUUCUUUUUUAACAAUGACAGACUUGUAUGCAAAUAUUUUUUUACAUUUUUUGCAAAAACACAUUAUCAAAAACAAUGAAUCGAUUUUUCAAUUUAUGAAAAACAAUUCCAAUAAAGAAUAUAUUUUAAAUAUUUGUAAAAUUGCGUAUCAAUUGUUUGUUGAAAAUAAAGUCAUUUUUUCCAAAGAAGACAUUCAAACCUUUAUCAUUGACUUUGAUAAAAAUGAAGAAACUUUUUUUGGAUUUAUUGAAAGGAUUGAAACAAGUCUAGGUGAAUAUAUUUAUCAAUUUGCACAUUUGACAAUAAUGGAGUUUUGUGCAUCUAUAUAUGCAUAUAAUUGUUUAAGUAGUGAAGAGAUUAUGACUAAUGAAAAGCUGAAGAGUUGUUUAUCAAUGAUUUGUGGUUUAACCAAUAAAAAUCUAAAUAGUUCCUUAAAGUUUCUUGUUAACCUGAAUCCUUUAAAACAAACUUGUGAAGAUUCUUUAUUUUUGUUUUCUAUUUUUGAUCGUCUACUUAAAUUAUCUCAUCAAAGUAUUGAAGAAAACGAUUUGCAACUUGAAACUUAUUACGUUAGUUUAUUCAAUGAAUGUUUUUAUGAAAGUCAAUCAUCAUUAACUGAUGAAAUAAAAUUAAUCGACGAUGAACGAGGGUGGGAGAUUUUGAUUAACGAUGGAAAACCUUCUUACGAAACUUCUUGUGAAAAUUAUUUCGUGAAUCAUUACAUUAAAUCUGGAAGAAAGUUAUCGGUGUUACUUGUUAAUAAAAAUAUUUUAAGUGAUGAAGAAAAAAAUCUUAUAAUUCAAUGUUCUACAAAUGUUUGCCAAAUCUACAUUUGGUGUCCAAUUAAAUUAGAAGGAUGGAAACCGAAAGAUAAGAUUAAAGACUUGAGGAUAAACAUCUCAUGUUAUUUAAUAACGAAAAAAGAUUUUAAAGAAAAUUUUCUUCCGUGGAUUAAUCUUUGUGAAGGAUUAAGUCUUGAACUUCACGACGACAUCGAUUUCAUUGAAGAGAUUUGUGAAUGGAUUCGUUGUUUGAAUGUCAAGAGGUUGUGGAUCAUGUACCGUGGAAAAGUUUUUCAUAACUUCGAUGAAUUAAAAAACUUUAUAACACAUUAAAAAAUCUAUUAUCUUAAUUAAAAUAUA